GUCCGAUCUUCUCUCACUUCUUCUUGUUACUAUUAUACCAACUCUUCCCCACAAAACCCCUAUUCUAUACACCCAAGAACAAGUAUUCAAUUAAUGGCGACAACUCCAAAGCCAUCCUCUGUGGCCACUGACGAAGAAGGAAUUGCCAGAAGGUUUUGGAUCAAGUUCCGCAAAGAGUCGAUUCUUGCUCUCUAUACUCCCUUUGUGGUCUGUUUGGCUGCUGGGAAUUUACCGAUAGAGACUUUCCGGCAUUAUAUUGCGCAGGAUGUUCAUUUUCUCAAAGCCUUUGCCCAAGCGUAUGAAUUGGCAGAGGAGUGUGCGGAUGAUGACGAUGCCAAGNUAAAAAAAAGAGUUAGUUAUCUAUUUAAUCCCUGA